AUGGGGGAGACACGAGGGGUGGGGGGCGGCGGGGGCGGCCGUCCAGGCGGAGACCAGAGCCGCAGCCAGUGUCGGCUCACCGCCCACCAGCCGCCGGUGCGCGGGGGGCUGCCUCUACACCGGCCUGGACCGCAUCGCAGCAACCUUCCGGGCAUCAACUCACACGUCGAGAGCUGCGUCGAGAGCCGCGAUGCGGACCCAAUGUCCGAGCCAGGCCGGCAGAAAGGCGCAGGGAGCACGCACGGUGCAUGGCCAAUCGGGGAGGGCGGCGGACAGGGACUGUCCGAACCACAGCCCGGCUCGCCAAACUUCCUCCACGCGCAGCGCCGGGAAGGAACUGGCCACCACGGCCUCACAUGUGUCAGGAGGCGGCCCAGCCCCACGCGGACAGCUGUGUGCCGGGUGACAGACGGGCCACGCCCACAGCGGCUCCCCGCCACGUCCUGGGAGGAAGUCAGUGGCCCUCCCAGGCGGGCCCAGGCUGGGAGGCAGGGCCUGAGUGGGGGCCAGAGGGCCCUCAGAACAGCACCUGUCAGCCACGGGGACCACAUCCACCAGCUACGAUUUACAAAAGCAGCUCCGCCCUUCACCAACCCCGGGAUCCAGUCUGCCUGGGUCCCCGCGGGAGACAAGACUAAAGGAGCCCAGCGCAAAGCACUCAGGCCAGUGCUGGACACGCGCCAGUCACCCCACGGGCCUGCCGACCUGGGGGUCCCCAAGGUGCAGCCCGGCCCCCUGCGCACAGUUCUCUGCAGGGACGCGCCGGGGCCGCACAGGGGCCCGCAGCCUGCCCUUCAACCUCCGCCCCCUCUCCUGACCAGUGAUGGACCACUCCACACGGCGGACCGCAGGCGGCCAGCCCCCGCCGCAAACACGGACACACUGCUUCCGCGGCUGGGCACCCAGGCCCCACAAGGCAGCCGGCUCCACCCAGGAGGGGCCGAGAGCAGGAGCCACUGCCUGGGUCCCGCCUCACUCCCGCCCAGCCCGGGCGCCGGCUCGGCAGGGCCGGGGAUCCCAGAGGACGCAGCUCAGCUUGGAGCCCAGAGCGGGCCUGGCACGCGCUCAGGGAACACCGACCACAGACCACAGACAGUCCCGAGGCGAGAAGCACCGCACACCCCGGAGGGCGUGCAAGGUUCAGCGAGGACACGCACGGAUGCUGCCGGAUGCCCCACAGCCUGCGGCUGGCACGGGCAGGGGGCCUCUGCAAACAAACGCGGCCUCCAGCACCACCACCGGGGGGGGGUGCAGCCCCUGCACCCGGGCUCCCACGGGCAUGUGGGGUGCCUGCAGGGCUGUGGCGUCCCCCCGAGGGCAGAGGCCAGCGCGGUGCUUGUGCUCAGCAGGGAGGAGAAAGGGCAGCAGGAGCGUCGGAGGCUGGCAAGGCCCCCACCCCGGGCACUGGACUGCUCUCCCCGACAGGGCCGUGCAGCCAGGGGCUCGGGCAGAACCCUACCAGGCGGGCCGUAG